CCGGUUUAUUUGAGAACCGUAUGCGGAGAGACGCGAAAGGACGCUGCUGGAGCUUGGCGUCGCGACGCGCUCGUAAAACUACGACGCCUGUUUUCGUUACGAACUAUUAUAGCUGAACAGGAGAUACCGAUACCGACGUAAAUGGAAAUGUAGCUAAGUGAAUGUUUUAGCGCAAAUUGACACUUAACGUAUUCAGUUUAAAAUUGUGAUGUGGAUUUAAGUCAUGUGUGCUGUGUACUUUUUGGAUCUUUGGUGGGUUGCGCUUUACACCUUGUUGAGCGGUGUCACUAGUCUGAAAGACGUAGUCCUACAAAUAGAGCCUAGCGUAGUUCAAUUUAACGGAAGUUCAACUUUAAGCUGCACAUACGACUUGGAAGGAGAUGGUUUGUACUCCGUCAAGUGGUACAGAGGAGGCUACGAGUUUUAUAGAUAUGUUCCUGGGGAUACUCCAGAUAUUAAAUAUUUUGGUACAGGCGAAUUAAAACCAGACCUGACAAAGUCGAACUCUACACAAGUGGUCCUAACGGAAAUAGAAUUUAAUCUGGCAGGGAACUUCAGCUGCGAAGUUACCACGGAUGGACCGAAUAUUCACACUAGAGUUGACUCGAAAUCUAUGUCAGUUGUGCUUCUUCCAGAACAUCCGCCUCAAAUAAGCGUCGGAAGAGAGCCCUUGGACGUCGGUGAUAUAUUGAAGGCGAAUUGUACCAGUUAUCCCUCAAGGCCUCCGGCAGAUCUAAAAUUUAUUUUAAACAACCUCACGGUUAACCAGACAAACGCAUCAAUUAUUAAUAAAAGCAAUAAACUCGACUGGAGCGAUCUUCAACUAGUAAUUAAAUUGACUGCCUUACACUUUAGCGAUGGGAGGCUCAUGUUAAAAUGUAUAGCGUUAAUUCCACCGAUAUACCAUGAAGAGGCCGAAUUAGAAUUGGAAAGUUUAAGGAGAAAAGCGUCCGAACCAGCCAGAGUGAGUGCCCCUUCAAGUGCAGCGUUCGGAAUGUCGUCGGGACGAAUCGCCAGCACAAUACGGCGCUCAGCUAUUUCCAUUUUGCUGGCCUUCGGUUUGCUACUGAAAUUUUAAUAACAACUUUUAUGCUUAUUUUAAUUAAUAUAUUUACUAUACGAUUUGCUUUUUUGUUCUUCUAGCGACGACGUUAUUGGCUUUUCGGUAAUUAAUUUUUCUAGCUAUAUUGUUGAAUAAUGAUAUUGAGUUCAGUACGUAUGGAAGUAUGUGUUGUAAAUAUAUUUUAUUUAUAUAUAUAAAUGAAAUCGUAAAAUUUU